UUUCACCUUCCCCGAGCGGGAGCGGGAGUGGGGCGGGGUUGGGGAUGGGCCAUCCUGCCGCGGCUGGGGCAGCAGCCUUCCCCCGGGUCCGGCGCCGAAGCUUUCUCCCCCGGGGCGGGAAUGGAGGCUGGACCCCUCUCCCCAAAGCCGAGGCUCGGUCCGCGCCCCUGCGGCUAGGCUGAAGCUGCCCCCCUCUCCCCGCCGCCUCCGGGCGUUCUGGCCGUACACCCACACUGGGACUGGGACUGGGCUGUGAUCCCGAGGCCGCAGCUCCGCGCUCGGCCCGCCACCUCCCCCGGGCCCACCUGCUCCCUCAGCCACAGGCCAUCGCGGGGCUCUGGGACUGGACGGCUGCAGCCUCUUCCCUCUGCCCCCGGGAGCGGCUCCACUCCGUCCCCUGCAGCGCCUGCAGCCGCGGCCCCCUCAGCAGCUGUGUCUCCUGGCGCCUCCUCGCCAUACCCAGCAGAGCAGUUGGAGCAGACAGCCAGGCUGCCCGGAAGAGUUUUUGGUGGGGUUUCUGCAUUGAGGUGGAAACCCAGCAGAACCUGCCCUUUCUUCCCUCCCCUGCCCCGCAAGGCAGCCCACCCCGACCUUGAGAUCCCGGGUUUGGAGAAUCCUGCUGAGAGUAGGAGGAUUCCCCAAAGCUUCCAGCUUGCCACCUGGAAGAAGGUCACUUUCUUUUGAGCAAAGGAGAUAAUGGGAGGUAUCCUGCCAAUGUUCACUGAGAGGCGGGGGUGACAUGGGCCACGGUUGCUCUGGGAGGGUUGUGGCACUCGGGGCUGGGUGGCUCUCCCUAAGCUUGCUCUGACGAAAGAGUUUUGAGUUGGUCUUUUGGCUGAGCCUGCCCAGGAAGGCAGGCUCCUGCAGGAGUCUUGGAGGGUCGGAUGCGGCGCCGGAUGAGGAUGAGGCGUGGCGGAAGAUGCGUUUGGCUCUGCAGACACUGCAUCGGGCAGCAGGGGACUCUGGGAGGCUGGUGCAGCCAGAAGGCAUGGCUCUUGACAGCCUUCUAGUAGAAUCUCUGGAAUUGUGCAUGUCCCCCCUGCGUCCAGCCAGCCUGUGCAGACUUGCUGCCUGCUGUGUCACCGGGAACGCAAAGGCUGGGAAGAAAGCCCUUCUCAAAAUGGACUGGUGUUGCAGGGUGAGAAGCUGCCCCCUGACUUCAUGCCAAAGCUCGUCAAGAAUCUCCUAGGCGAGAUGCCUCUGUGGGUCUGCCAGAGUUGCCGAAAGAGCAUGGAGGAAGAUGAAAGGCAGACAGGUCGAGAACAUGCAGUGGCGAUCUUCCCUUUCACCCAGGAACAGUUUAGCUUCAGGACUCCUGGUCAAAAGGCGCUUCCUGUCAUUGGCCGCUCUCUACUCCCCAAAGGCCUGCAGUUCACAGGCAGUCUCUGCCCCUACCAGAGUCUCUCUCCCCAGUCUCCACACAUUGCAUAUCUCCUUGUCACACACAUCCUGCAAAUCACAGUCUUGUGGAGAUGACUCUCAUUCGUCCUCGUCUUCCUCUUCAUCAUCCUCAUCCUCGUCCUCCUCUUCCUGCCCUGGGAACUCAGGAGACUGGGAUCCUAGCUCGUUCCUGUCGGCACAUAAGCUCUCGGGCCUCUGGAAUUCCCCACAUUGCAGUGGGGCCAUGCCAGGCAGCUCUCUUGGGAGUCCUCCUACCAUCCCCGGUGAGGCUUUCCCUGUCUCGGAGCACCACCAGCACUCAGACCUCACUGCUCCCCCUAACAGCCCCACCGGCCACCACCCCCAGCCAGCAUCUCUAAUCCCGUCUCACCCCAGCUCCUUUGGCUCCCCGCCCCACCCACACCUGUUGCCCACCACCCCGGCAGCACCUUUCCCUGCCCAGGCUUCAGAAUGCCCUGUUGCUGCUGCCACCGCCCCCCACACUCCAGGGCCAUGUCAGAGCUCCCAUCUACCCUCCACCAGCAUGCCACUCCUGAAGAUGCCCCCACCAUUCUCGGGGUGCAGCCACCCCUGCAGCGGGCACUGUGGUGGGCACUGCAGUGGGUCUCUCCUCCCACCCCCGAGCUCUCAGCCACUCCCUAGCACUCACAGGGAUCCCGGGUGCAAGGGGCACAAGUUUGCACACAGUGGCCUGGCUUGCCAGCUGCCCCAGCCCUGCGAGGCAGAUGAGGGGUUGGGUGAGGAAGAGGAUAGCAGCUCUGAGCGAAGCUCCUGCACCUCGUCCUCCACCCACCAGAGAGAUGGGAAGUUCUGUGACUGCUGCUACUGUGAGUUCUUCGGCCACAAUGCGCCACCCGCUGCCCCGACGAGUCGGAACUAUACCGAGAUCCGGGAGAAGCUCCGCUCGAGGCUGACCAGGCGGAAAGAGGAGCUGCCCAUGAAGGGGGGCACCCUGGGCGGGAUCCCUGGGGAGCCCGCCGUGGACCACCGAGAUGUGGAUGAGCUGCUGGAAUUCAUCAACAGCACGGAGCCCAAAGUCCCCAACAGCGCCAGGGCCGCCAAGCGGGCCCGGCACAAGCUGAAAAAGAAGGAAAAGGAGAAGGCCCAGUUGGCAGCAGAAGCUCUAAAGCAGGUGAACCGUGUUUCUGGAAGCCGGGAGCCAAGGCCUGCCAGGGAGAGGCUCUUGGAGUGGCCCGAUCGGGAACUGGAUCGGGUCAACAGCUUCCUGAGCAGCCGUCUGCAGGAGAUCAAAAACACUGUCAAAGACUCCAUCCGUGCCAGCUUCAGUGUGUGUGAGCUCAGCAUGGACAGCAAUGGCUUCUCUAAGGAGGGGGCUGCUGAGCCUGAGCCUCAGAGUCUACCCCCCUCAAACCUCAGUGGCUCCUCAGAGCAGCAGCCUGACAUCAGCCUUGACCUGUCCCCUUUGACUUUGGGCUCCCCUCAGAACCACACGUUACAAGCUCCAGGCGAGCCAGCCCCACCAUGGGCAGAAAUGAGAGGCCCUCACCCACCAUGGACAGAGGUGAGGGGGCCCCCUCCCGGUAUCGUCCCCGAGAACGGGCUCGUGAGGAGACUCAACACCGUGCCCAACCUGUCCCGGGUGAUCUGGGUCAAGACACCCAAGCCGGGCUACCCCAGCUCCGAGGAGCCAAGCUCAAAGGAAGUUCCCAGUUGCAAGCAGGAGCUGCCUGAGCCUGUGUCCUCAGGUGGGAAGCCACGGAAGGGCAAGAGGCAGGGCAGUCAGGCCAAGAAGAGCGAGGCAAGCCCAGCCCCCCGGCCCCCAGCCAGCCUAGAGGUUCCCAGUGCCAAGGGCCAGGUCGCUGGCCCCAAGCAGCCAGGCAAGGUCCUAGAGCCUCCCAAAGUAGGCAGCUGUGCUGAGGCUGGAGAGGGGAGCCGGGGGAGCCGGCCAGGACCAGGUUGGGCUGGCAGUCCCAAAACUGAGAAGGAGAAGGGCAGCUCCUGGCGAAACUGGCCAGGCGAGGCCAAGGCACGGCCUCAGGAGCAGGAGUCUGUGCAGCCCCCAGGCCCAGCAAGGCCACAGAGCUUGCCCCAGGGCAAGGGCCGCAGCCGCCGGAGCCGCAACAAGCAGGAGAAGCCAACCUCCUCCUUGGACGAUGUGUUCCUGCCCAAGGACAUGGACGGGGUGGAGAUGGAUGAGACUGACCGAGAGGUGGAGUACUUUAAGAGGUUCUGUUUGGAUUCUGCAAAGCAGACUCGUCAGAAAGUUGCUGUGAACUGGACCAACUUCAGCCUCAAGAAAACCACUCCUAGCACAGCUCAGUGAGGCCCUGCCCAGGCUGAGCUUCUUCAGGGCGUCCUGAGGCCCCGACUGCCAGCUGAAGGCCUACAAUUUUUCCCUCCGUGUGCCCCACCCACCCGUCCAAGACCCUCUCUGCUCCCCACCAUCCUGGACCAACCAAAAGCUGAACGGAUGCCACACUGUGCUGGGGCCCCUUGACCUCAGCAGAGCCGCUUCCUGGUGCUACGCAGCCUCCACACUCAGAGCCCGUGGACUGGGCUGGCCUAAGGGCCAGGGCUGAUGGUACUGCUGGCCCAACACUGCUCUCUUUGUGUUUGGUUUUUUUGUUUUUGUUUUUAUUUUUUUCCAAUUCUUUACUUUUGAUACUGUGAAGAUCUUUCGUGCCGAAAGAUAAAGCAACAUUUGGACACAGA